AGGUGCUGCUCCAUAGAUCUCGUCAUCCCCCGCGUGCAGCAGCGAUCGCAGCGACGGUCUGACGAAAGCAAGGCGAUGGGUGGUGCCGUGGCUGAAAUUAAGACGCUGGCUGAGUACAACUCAGCCAUCGAAUCUUCUUCGAAAGCAUGCGUGUUUUUCUGGGCCGCAUGGCACGAGCCAAGCAAGCUGGGCGGACAGAUGGACGAGGUGUUCUCCCAGUUGGCCGAGCUGCACCGAGGAGCCGUGCAUUGCGUCAAGGUGGAGGCGGAGGCAGUACCGGAGGUUAGCGCCAAGCUCGAGAUCGCUACCGUGCCUACUUUUGUGCUCGGUGGAGCGGCAUGCGGGAGAAUCGAGGGAGCGGACCCCUCCACGCUCGCCAAGCGUGUGCAGGAGCUGGCCAAUGAACAAGUCGCACAGCAGAAGGCCAAGGGGGAUGGGGUGGAGGGGAUGCAGCCAGAGCUCAAGGCAAAGCUGAAGAGCAUCAUCGGCACGUCGCCGGUGAUGCUCUUCAUGAAGGGUAACGCAGAGGAGCCCAAGUGCAAGUUCAGCCGAAAGAUGGCCGAGAUGCUCAGAGGCGCAAAGGUGGACUUUGGGUCCUUCGAUAUUCUUACGGACGAGGAAGUGAGAGCAGGGCUAAAGGUGUACUCCAACUGGCCUACCUUCCCUCAGCUGUACGUGAAGGAGGUGUUGGUGGGGGGGGUAGACGAGGUGUCCAAACUGGCGGAGGACGGGGACUUGAAAAACAGCCUGGCUAACGCUGCGGGCGUGGAGCCUAGCAAGAACACUGUGGGGGCUGUCGGGGGCCCCAAGUCUGUGGAGGAGCGGUGCAAGGACAUUAUUAAGAGCGCGGAGACGAUGGUCUUCAUGAAAGGCACUCCGGACGCCCCUCGUUGCGGCUUCAGCCGAACCCUGGUCGGGCUGCUGAGGGAGGAAAACAUCGCCUUCGAGUCGUUCGACAUCCUGGAGGACGAGGAGGUUCGGCAGGUCUUGAAAGACCUGUCCAACUGGCCGACGUAUCCACAACUGUACGUUCACGGAGAGUUGGUGGGAGGCCUGGAUAUCUUGAAGGAGAUGAAGCUCGAAGGGCCCCUCGCUCCGCAGCUUGGCGUGACACCCAAGGAGAACCUGGAGUCGCGGCUGAAGCGCCUGAUGACCUCUAGCCCGAUCAUGCUCUUCAUGAAAGGCAACCCCGAUAGCCCACAGUGCGGAUUCAGCAGGACGGCGGUGGGGCUCCUGAGAGAGGAAGGGGUGGAGUUCGGCACCUUCGACAUCCUGGCGGACGACGAGGUGCGGCAGGGGCUCAAGAAGCUGUCGGAGUGGCCGACAUAUCCCCAGCUGUACUGCGGCGGCGAGCUCGUGGGGGGAUUGGACAUCAUGAAGGAGAUGAAGCAGGCAGGCGAGCUUAAGGCAGCGCUUCGGCCGCAGGGCUAACCCGUCGCCAAGCCAUUGGCGGCGUGAGUCCACACUUUGGCAGUUUCGACUUACACAUACGGGGAACCGAGCAUUUCUGCGUCUGGCACAGCAGCCCGUCGAGAUGGCUGCGUGAAGGAGCAUCGUGCAGCGACAGCGAACGGGGCGUUUCCGAGUUUCCUCGGUGUAACAUGUAAUUUAUUGUGAACGCUUGUUGGUUGGUGAACAAUGCUUCGACCAUGGUGGCGUUGGUAGAGAUCGGCGUGCGGCAUGUUUCAGUUGAUGGAGUGCACCGCUAGUUCCUAGCAAAGUACGGCACACGACACACGGAAGUGGUGGCCAAAAGUACGUGGCAGAACGCUUGGUACAUGCGUAUUGCCAUUGUGCUCUCGCCGUUUCCCUCCUACUGUAUAGCAGUAUCGUUAAUUGUCUGUGGGAAGGGCUCUCGCUGCGUACAUAUGCAUGCGUGGUCGUGUGGUUGCUAUCUCUGUAUGUCAUCGACUAGACUGGUGCAGCAGUAGCAGCUGCAGCUGCAGCAGCACUUGUUGCCGAUGUGACCUCACGUCCUAUGUAUCGAUCUAUGCAAGGGAUGAUGUCGGGAGGAAGAAGUGUGUGGUGCGAUCGAUCCCCGCUCGGUUUCCGUUAGUGCUGCGAUGCCCAGAGACACAUUUUUGCACGUUUACUUGUCACGGUUGUAAAAACGCAGGCAGCGGAUGGAUGAAAGUAUGGCAGCUUGCCUCGUUGACUUGGGGGAAGGGAAUUGUCGACAGCGUUAGAAGCGUGUGAUUAACGUGUUCUCCGAAAAAAACGCCGUUUUCUGCACCUCGGGUGAUCUUGCGUCUUUUGGUUGAACUAGAGCUCGAAGCAUCCAAACUUUACCGCUUGCUGCCAUGGGUCAUUAAUUGGCGCGCUGCCGUUAGUGCAUUGCAUGGUGUUACUAAUUUGGCACCCACACAAGAGUGGGAAGUACCGACACUCGUUGGGCCGUAGAUAUCAGCAUGAUCGUUGCCCUUAAGGCUAAGUAGUGCAGCAGCAGAGCAUUUCUUUCGUUGCCGAAAGGCUUCUUAAAACGAAGAAGCAUCAUAGUAGCUAAGUUCUUCCCAGGCCCAAUUGGCCGCUCCCCCCCCAGCCGACCCUGCUCCUCCUGUCGCAACGGCGUCCGCGCUACCACCACCAUUCAACAUUGCCUCCAACGUGCCAGAAGAAAACGCAUCCCUCCAACCGGGUCGCUCUCCCUUU